AUCUGAUUGGUCAGCCCCACCCUCCACAACCAGGAAGUGAAGCGAUGCCAACGUGGAUAAAUAAAACUAGCAUCUGCCUUCUCUUACGUUUUAACCAAAGAUGUAAUUGUCCCUCAGACACGUUUUGACAAGUGAUGCGCUUGGAUGUUUCUUCCCUCUUUAAUCUCGCCGAGUUGAGUGUCGUCGUCAGCGGCUGUCACCAACACCAGACGCUGCUGGAUGUCAAAGUGGACUUAAAGGCCGUGUAGUGCAUCUUUUAUGUGAACACUCCUGAGAAUACACCGGGGAUGCGUGCCGUCGCCUCGGGUGGCAAGCUUCAACGUCAGCCGAGCUAGCCUGUUAGCUCUGCAGCUAGCUCAGCCAGCAUCAUUAACUGUUGGGCGACAAACAUGGCUUUUCAAGACGCCUUUCCUUUGCAUUUCCUGGUGUGGAACAACCAGUAUCAAGAACUUGACAGGGCGAUGCAAAAGAACGAGCAGCCGCACCAGGACUUGGAGCGGCUGGAUCCGAGGGGGCGCACACCGCUGGAGCUGGCGGUGUGCCUGGGUCACCUGGAAUCCACCAGAGUGCUGCUCAGAUACCCCGCAGACCCGACACACUGCAACGCCCAGGGGUGGACGGUUUUGCAGGAGGCGGUGAGCACCGGGGACCCUGAGCUGGUUCAACUGGUGCUUCAGUAUCGGGACUUCAAGCGGGCGACGCAGAGGCUGGCGGGCAUCCCUGAGCUGCUGGGGAAACUAAGACAGGCACGGGACUUCUACGUGGAGAUGAAGUGGGAGUUCACCAGUUGGGUGCCUUUAGUGUCCAAGGUGUGCCCCAGCGACGUGUACAGGGUGUGGAAGAGCGGCUCGUCUCUCCGUGUGGACACCACCCUCCUGGGCUUUGAACACAUGACCUGGUUGAAAGGACGGCGGAGCUACAUCUUUAAGGGCGGAGACGACGGAGCCGUGGUCAUGGAGGUGGACCACGAGAAGCAGGUGGUGUACACGGAGCCGCUGGUCUUGUCCCCGCGGGACGCGCCCGCCCUGCUGGCGGCCAUGCAGCCGUCGCAGGAGAACACGGCGCAGAGGCUUACGUCGCCCAUCGUCUCCACGCACCUCAACACGCGCAACAUCGCCUUUGAACGGAACAAGUCUGGCAUUUGGGGCUGGCGCUCCGAGAAAAGCGAGCUGGUCAGCGGCUACGAAGCCAAGGUUUACAGCGCCACCAACGUGGAGCUGGUGACUCGGUCCAGGACGGAACAUCUCUCAGACCAGGAUAAAUCCCGCAGCAAAGGCUCCAAAACUCCUCUGCAGUCCUUCCUGGGAAUAGCCGAACAGCACACAGCUCAGAACGGGAGUAACGUGUCCCAGUGCGUCAGCCCACACAACCCCACGGCCAUCACGGCUGAGGAGUACUUCAAUCCAGACUUCGACCUCAACGGUCGGGACAUCGGGCGGCCCAUCGAGCUCACCAGCAAGGUCCAGAGGUUCAAGGCCAACCUGUGGCUGAGUGAGACCCACCCCCUGUCGCUGGCGGAACAGGUGACCCCCAUCAUCGACCUCAUGGCCAUCUCCAAUGCUCACUUUGCGAAGCUGCGGGACUUCAUCACCUUACGCCUGCCCCCUGGUUUUCCAGUCAAGAUAGAGAUUCCGCUCUUUCACGUGCUGAAUGCCAGAGUUACCUUCAGUAACCUGUGCGGCUGCGACGAGCCGGUCAGCUCUGUGACUGUUCACCCACCGGAGGGCUCAGACCAAGCAGGUCAGUCCGUCCCCCCCGUUCACUGCGAGGUGGACCCCUCAGUGUUCGAGCCCCCGCCAGACUACACCACCCUCGGCCCGGGCCGCAGCGAACCCAUGAGAGACGAGGACGACAACCUGCUGCAGUUCGCCAUCCAGCAGAGCCUUUUGGACGCUGGCACGGAGAGCGACCAGGUGACCAUCUGGGAGGCUUUGACCAACAGUCGCCCGGGACCCCAGGUGCCCCUCUAUGAGGAAGACACUCAGCUGGAGAGGGCCAUCCAGGAGUCUCUGUCCCUCUCGCUGGCCGGCAGAGGAGGCGCAGAUGACGCUCAGAACCCCGGCCAGCCCCCAGCGGACCCCCCGGCGUCAGACCCCGCUGCCAACUACCCCAGCUCCUACAGCACAGCCACCGAGCCGCCUUUGCCGGGCCAGUUGGGCGCGGCCAGCAGCUUUGACGAGCAGUUGCGCAUCGCCAUGGAGCUGUCGUGCCGCGAGCAGGAGGAGUCGGACAGGAAGCGCAAAGAGGAGGAGGAGGAGCUGGAGAGGAUCCUGCAGCUGUCACUCACCGAAAAGUGAGAGGUGGGUCUUCAUGGGGGGGGGGGGGGGGCACGAGCUCCUCGUUUAUCCUGGUUUUACUUUUUUAAACCCAGAGGUAUGUUAAGUUAUUCCAGAUGUUUUAUUUAUGAAGUGUGAAGGACAAGAGUGCGUGACAUGAACACAAAGUGGAUGACAAAAGGGCGUGGCUUUGUUUCAUUUUUUUUUGUUUUUUUUUAUUGAAGAUUUUUUGCAGUCUUGCUGUUUUUAAAAGAGUGAGCGUUUAAACCUCCGGCAUUAUCCACGGUACUGAUGAAAGAUAAACAAUGUAUUUGAAAAAAAAACAACCAUUGAAAGUCUUAUGUUGACCUGCUCGUGUUUGUGUGGACAAUAAAGGAUAAAUGCUCCUCCUGGGAAGGUUUUCCAUACACCCUCCUUUUACUCCUUUAGCCACAUCCCU